CAAAGGAAACCUAACUUUCCCAUGCUGCUCCAAUUCCACUUCCUCGCCGCAUAUGACGUCUUCACAUCAACCUAUUCCGACGGCUGAUAGAGUCAGCGACCUGCCGGUUACAACUCCGGCUGAUAGAAUCAGUGGCUUGCCGGAUUCAAUUCUCUGUCAUGUACUCUCUUUUCUGUCAACCAAACAUGCUGCAACCACAAGUGUACUCUCAAAGAGAUGGAAACCUCUAUGGCUCUCUGUCUUCACCCUUGAUUUCGACGAUACAGCCUUCAAAUUUUCACCCUCGAGAAUUUUCUCUGCCAUGCACUCGACAUUGCACCAGCGAGACAUCGCCCUACCAAUCCAUUCGUUUCGCUUCAUAUAUCAUCAGUAUUCUCUUUGCUACCAAAAUGAUAUCAAUCUAUUUAUUGAGUUCGUCCGAGAUAGAGGAGUACAAAAUUUCACUCUCAACCUAAUCGUUCCAGUUUGCGGUCCACCAUCAAUUGAAUUACCUCGUAGCAUUCUCAAUUGCGAGACACUAGAAGUUCUUAAGUUGAAGGGCAUUAAGAUUGGAGAUAUUUCUCAUAUGCAGGAUUUACAUCUACCCAAGCUUAAAACUCUCCAUUUGAAAGACGUACUUUUUGAAUGUAAUCAACAACUCUACAAUCUUUUAUUACGAUGCCCGUUUCUACAGGAUUUUGAAUCAAAACACAGUAUCAAUAUCGAAGACAAUAAAAACCUUCAUCUCCUAGAAACUUAUGAGGCCUUACCUAAUUUGAUCAAAGCUAAGUUAAAUGAUGAUCUUAUAAGAUGUCCGUUGAGUAUGCUUCGUAACACAAUCAUUUUGUGUGUAGAUAUGAGUAAGCGUUUAUGUUUCUUCGGCAAUCUUGUCUUGUUACGCACUAUUCCCACGUUUCAAAGAUUGACUCACUUGGAGCUUAACUUUAAAGAUAUCGAUUGGUUCGACAGAUGCAUCUGGUUGUUAGCAAUACUCAAACAGUCUCCCAAACUUCAAAUUCUUAUUAUUCAGGACACUGGAGUUCUAGAAGAGAGGAAUGGCAUAUGCUGGAAAGAUCCCCAAAUUGCUCCAGAAUGUCUUUCAUCAGAACUUAAAACUUGUUGCUUUAAUGGUUACAGAGGCACCGGCUGGGAUUUCAAAUUUGCAAAAUAUAUAAUAGAGAAUUCAAAAGUACUCAACACAAUGACAAUUCACAGUGAACGUUCCAUAGUUUUUGUUUAUUUGUCAUUGUUUCUCAAGUUUGCUAAUGGUGUAUUUUCUCUCUCAGAAACAAAGACUACGAGGUCGUGUUUCAUCAAUCUUGUCUUGUUCCGCAAUACUCCCAUGUUUCAAAUAUUGACUCACUUGGAGAUUAACUUUCAAGGUAUCAAUUGGUAUAGAAGGUGCAUGUGGUUGCUAUCAAUACUCAAACAUUCUCCCAAACUUCAAAAUCUUAUCAUUCAGGAUACCAGUGUUAUGGAAUUGUGGCGUGACAAAUGUUGGGAGGAUCCAGAAAUUGUUCCAAAAUGUCUUUCUUCUAAUGUUAAAACUUUUUGCAUUAGUGGUUACGAAGGCAACAAGUGGGAUUUCAAAUUUGCGAAAUAUAUAAUAGAGAAUUCAAAAGUACUCAACAAUAUGACAAUUCAUAGUAAAUGUUCCAUAGGUAUGAAUAAGGACCAAAUGUUAGAUGAUUUAUCUUCAUGCACAAGGGCCUCUACAACAUGCAAACUCUUAUUUGAUUGA